AUGGCCGAUCAUCGCGGGAGGCCACCUAAAUUGCCGCCGCGCCCAGAUUCGCAGUCGGAUAGACCGACAUGGACCGUAACGAGGAGGGAAAGGACCGAACUCUCACCAUUACGGUCAACUUCUCCAUUUCAAUCGCGUACGGUGACGACAACAGAAAGAGUGCAGAUUCUUCAAAUGCCUAUCAAUCUCACCGAACAGCAAAUUGAACCCGCUCGUCUACUGGCACUAUCACCUCACGGCAAUCCCACUCAAUCCGUUUCUUCCACGGUCACCACGAUGGCUGUGAGUUUCCUUUUUUAG